AUGGUCCAAUCGGCUUUUUCAACUGUAGACAUUCCUGAUGGAAUGGAUGAGGAAAACUGCGCCGAACGUGCCACUCCCUCCACCAUCCGACUAAUUUCCGUUCCGCUCAUAUGUUUGGCUGACCUAUCUAGCGUUUGCCUGAACGUCACAAAUAUUGUGGAUUGCAAUUCCAACAAGGGCGACUUAUUGGCUAAAAAGAUCUCCAGACAACCGGAAUCUGUUCGAAGACACCUUUGGGAGGGUAUUCAGCGGGCGAAGGAAAAACUGGGUGGUUCUCUUCCCCUCUUGGACCCGAUCAAGGACAUGAACAAUAAAGAUAAACGGCUGAAAGAGUGCACAGAAGUAUGUUAUGAUUAUCCGUUUCCUACUCACGUUAAAUAA